ACGCGGAGCAACAACAUUCACCCGUUCACCACAUACACACUGCACACAGGACGGGUUUCACAAUAAACGGAUAAGGCAACUGGCACUCCUCAGACAGAGCUAACAACGGCCACAUAUUCCUUCCACCACAAUGAAAUGAAGGGAGCAUGGGGGCCAAAGAGUCACGGAUAGGUUUCCUGUCGUACGACGAGGCGGUCAAGAGAGUCACUGAUGUGGAACUGAAGCGGCUGAAGGAUGCUUUCAAGAGGACCAGUGGACUUUCCUACUACAUGACCCAGCAAUGCUUCUACAGAGAGGUCCUGGGUGACAGUGUACCCCCUAAAGUAGCUGAGGUAAUCUAUACCUCAUUUGGCGGCUCACCCAAAGGGCUUCACUUCAACAAUCUGAUUGUCGGCCUGGUGCUUCUGACCAGAGGGCGAGAUGAAGAGAAGGCCAAAUACCUCUUCAGCCUGUUUGCCAGCGAGCAGGGUGGCUAUGCUGCCAGGGAUGACAUGGAGGCAGUCCUGCGGAUCCUAGACGGGGAGGUCCCGCCCUCGCUCAGGAAGUGUUUUAGUGAGGGGGAGAAGGUCAACUAUGACCGCUUCAGGUUCUGGCUCCUGCAGAACAAGGAGGCCUUCACACUCUCCAGGUGGCUGCUCUCCGGGGGAGUUUGCGUUACUCUCACAGAUGACAGCGACACGCCCACCUUCUAUCAGACCCUGGCUGGCGUCACGCACCUUGAGGAGUCUGAUAUCAUCGACUUGGAGAAACGCUACUGGCUGCUCAAAGCACAGUCUAGAACCGGACGUUUUGACUUGGAAACCUUCGUCCCGCUAGUCUCCCCACCUAUCCACGGCUCGCUGAGUGAAGGCCUGUUUCAUGCUUUUGACGAGAACCGGGACAAUCACAUUGACUUUAAAGAGAUCUCUUGUGGUCUAUCUGCGUGCUGCAGGGGGCCCGUUGCUGAAAGACAGAAAUUCUGCUUCAAGGUGUUCGAUGUGGACCGUGAUGGUGUGCUGUGCCGCGAUGAGCUCCAUGAGAUGGUGGUUGCACUGCUGGAGGUUUGGAAGGACAAUCGCACAGACAACCUCCCUGAAUUGCACAGUUCUGUGUCGGACAUAGUGGAGGGCAUUCUCACGAUGCACGACAACACCAAACAGGGCCACCUGACCCUAGAGGACUACCAAAUCUGGAGUGUUAAGAGUUCCCUGGCCAAUGAGUUCCUCAACUUGCUCUUCCAGGUAUGCCACAUAGUCCUGGGUCUAAGACCUGCUACCCCUGAAGAGGAGGGCCAAAUAAUCAGGGGCUGGCUAGAGAGAGAAAGCCGACAUGGACUGCAGGUGGGCCAGAACUGGUUCCUCAUAUCCAUGCUGUGGUGGCAGCAGUGGAAGGACUAUGUUAAAUAUGGAAAACAUCUCUGGUCUCUUGUCCAGGAACAGAAGGGCAUUGUGGUGGAGCAGCCCUCCAUCCUGAGCUCCCUGCGGAGCCCCAUGCCCACGGCCAUGCUGGACCCUGUCUCUCUGGAGGGGGCGGGGGGGGCCCAGGGAACCCCUUUCAGUCCCUCUGAGGAGCGGUCUCCAGACGCCGUGUCCAGCGCGUCAGAGGCCACGGAGGCCGCCCUCAGCCCCCAGACGGUUCCCUCGGCUACCGAGAGCUGUUUUGCUCGUCAGCACAACGUGUCCGACAACAACAACCAGUGUUUCUCCGGCCCAAAUGGCUAUCUCCCCUCCCAGCUGGUAGCCCAGAGGCCAGGGGCCAUAGACAACCAGUCCCUGGUCAACACUGACGCCAUGAAGGCUCCCACCCUGACCAUGGAGGGGGGGCGGCUCAGGAGCGCCCCGCAGCUGCUGGCUACCAGGGACUUUGAGACGGUGCCGGAGCCGGUGUGGCGUGCGCUCUAUCACUGGUACGGUGCCAACCUGAGCCUGCCGAGACCGGUGAUUCAGCACAGCAAGAUGGGCCAGGCAGAGCUGGAGCUCUUCCCCCGAUAUCUCCUCUUCCUGCGCCAGCAACCGGCCACCCGGUCUCCCCAGUCCAACAUCUGGGUCAACAUGGGUAUGACCAGCCUGCGAAUGUACCCUCAGCAUUUAGGCCAACUGCUUCCUCGAGCAGGUAAUGUGCCGUCACCCAAUGCCCCCCUCAAGCGGGUGUUGGCCUACACGGGCUGCUUCAGCCGCAUGGCCACCAUCAAAGACAUCCACCUCUACCUGUCCCAGAGGCUCAGAAUCAAGGAGGAGGACAUGAGGCUCUGGCUGUACAACAGCGAGAACUAUCUCACCCUCCUGGACGAUGAAGACCACACACUGGAAGGUCUGAAGAUCCAAGACGAGCAGCACUUGGUGAUUGAGGUCAGGAACAAGGACAUGAGCUGGCCAGAGGAAAUGUCUUUUAUUGCAAACAGCAGUAAGAUGGACAGACAUAAAGUACCUACGGAAAAGGGUGCCACUGGCCUCAGUAACCUUGGCAACACAUGCUUCAUGAACUCAAGUAUCCAGUGUGUGAGCAACACCAAGCCUCUCACCGACUACUUCAUCUCCGGGAGACACCUUUAUGAGCUCAACAGAACCAAUCCCAUCGGGAUGCGAGGACAUAUGGCCAAGUGUUACGGAGACCUGGCCAUGGAGCUGUGGAGUGGGACCCAGAAGAACGUGGCUCCACUCAAACUCAGGUGGACUAUAGCAAAGUAUGCACCACGCUUCAACGGCUUCCAGCAGCAGGACUCCCAGGAACUGCUGGCCUUCCUGCUGGACGGCCUCCACGAGGACUUGAACCGUGUCCACGACAAGCCCUACGUGGAGCUGAAGGACAGCGACGGACGGCCCGACUGGGAGGUGGCCUCGGAGGCAUGGGAAAACCACCUGCGUAGGAAUCGCUCCAUCGUCGUGGACCUGUUUCACGGGCAGCUCAAGUCCCAGGUGAAGUGCAAGACGUGUGGCCACAUCAGUGCCCGAUUCGACCCCUUCAACUUCCUGUCCCUGCCGCUGCCCAUGGACAGCUCGAUGCACCUGGAGAUCACUGUCAUCAAACUGGACGGUUCCACCCCUGUGCGCUUUGGAUUGAGGCUAAAUAUGGAUGAAAAGUACACAGGGCUCAAGAAGCAGCUGAGCGAACUGUGCACCCUGAAACCCGAACAGAUCCUAUUGGCUGAGGUCCACACUUCCAAUAUUAAGAACUUUCCACAGGACAACCAGAAAGUGCGACUUUCAAUCAACGGCUUUCUGUGCGCUUUUGAGAUUCCUGUUCCUGGCUCUCCAACCUCUCUCACCACCCCUACACUCACAGAGGUAACGCCAGUAACCAAUGGCUCAACAGCUAACGGGCAUGUGGGCGGCAAGCCUGUCCUCAUGGCCAACAGCAGGCCCACCACGCCGGUGCCCUGCAGUCCAGAGACUCCCCUGGCCAACGGGAUUCCUAACGGGCACAUCGCACUGCUGCAGGAGAGCCCCUUCAUUGGCUACAUCAUCGCUAUGCACAGGAAGAUGAUGCGGACAGAGCUGUACUUCCUGUCGUCUCAGAAGAAUCGGCCCAGUCUGUUCGGCAUGCCACUCAUUGUGCCGUGCACCGUUCACACCAGUAGGAAGGACCUGUAUGACGCCGUGUGGAUACAGGUGUCCAGGCUAGCCAGCCCACUGCCCCCACAGGAGGCCAGCAACCAUGCCCAGGACUGUGAUGACAGCAUGGGCUACCAGUACCCCUUCACGCUCCGGGUGGUCAGCAAGGACGGCAUAUCCUGUGCCUGGUGUCCAUGGUACAGGUUCUGCCGGGGCUGCGCAAUAGAGUGCACAGACGACAGGGCCUCUGUGGGGAAUGCUUACAUCGCCGUGGACUGGGACCCCACAGCAUUGCACCUCCGCUACCAGACAUCCCAGGAGAGGAUAGUGGAGGAGCACUGCAGCGUGGAACAGUCCCGCCGGGCCCAGGCCGAGCCCAUCAGCCUGGACAGCUGCCUGAAGGCCUUCACCGGGGAAGAGGAGCUGGGAGAGGAUGAGCUCUACUACUGCUCCAAGUGCAAGACCCAUCGUCUGGCCACCAAGAAGCUGGACCUCUGGAGGCUGCCCCCCAUACUAAUCGUUCAUCUAAAGCGCUUCCACUUCGUGAACGGGCGCUGGAUCAAGUCCCAGAAGAUCGUCAAGUUCCCCCGGGAGAGCUUUGACCCCAGCGCCUUCCUGGCCCCGCGGGACCUGGGGCAGCAGCACAGCCUCCACUCCCGCAGCGAGGGCGAAGAGCUGCUGAGGCUGGGCGAGGACAACCUCUCCUCCAUCUCUGCCCCGGCCGGCUUCUGCAACCUCCCUAAAGCUUCUCCCGCCUCAGACAGGAAGUCGUCCCCCUCGCUCAGCAGAACCAGCAGCCCCUCCGGCAGCCCAAAGACCGGCACCGGCGGCCGUAAACAAGGCCGGCUCCGCCUCCCCCAGCUGGGCAGCCGGCACCGCCUCUCCAACAGCAAGGAGAACCUAGACGCCCAGAGCUCAAGGGAAGGGGCCAACCACGAGGCCCGGGAGGACGAGGCGGAGUCUGCCUUGGGGUCAGGGUCGGAUACUGGCCCUAACCCAGGGCCGUGCGGUGAAGCGAGGGGCGCCGCCGAGACUUCAUCCGCCACAGCGGCCUCCGCCAACCAGUGCGAGGUGACGCUGGUGAACGGCGAGGGCGCGGAGAGCACCCUGGAGCCCGCGUCGGACUGCAGCACGGAGAGCGUCGUGGACUCUGAGGGCUCCCUGCUGCAGCAGGGGGACGGAGCGCUGGAGGCCAUGUACAACCUCUAUGCAAUAUCAUGCCACUCUGGAAUAAUGGGAGGUGGCCACUAUGUUACCUACGCCAAAAACCCCAACAGGAAAUGGUACUGUUAUAACGACAGCAGCUGUAAGGAAUUGCGCUCAGAGGAGAUUGAUGCAGACUCCGCCUACAUCCUCUUCUACGAGCAACAGGGGGUGGACUAUUCCCAGUUUCUGCCAAAGACCGAUGGCAAGAAGAUGGCUGACACCAGUAGUAUGGACGAGGACUUUGAGUCGGACUACAAAAAAUACUGUGUCCUGCAGUGAUCACAGUAGUCUUCCAUUGCCCGAAGCAAUGUGCCAGAUUCAUCAUUAUGAUUUACCCCUUCAACUCACUGGCCAGUGUAUGAGUAGAGAAAGAAAUCUCACACUGCAUAACAAACUAAAAUAAUGGGGUCAAACGUCAUGGAACAAUGGAUCCUUAGUUGGAGGAUGCGCUACAGCACUUGAAGUUGGGGAUGAAAAAUAGAGAAUUUAUAGUAAACGUUUGUAUUCCGGGUGAAAGCACUAAACUGGUGCACUUUACUGAACCCAACAUACAUGAAAUCCAUUUAAUUUUAAACAGGCAGUCAAUGCCAAGCAUUUAGAAAAGAAACAUAUUUGCAUACAAACACAUUUCUGAAUGUAUGUCAGUAUGGCCAACACAUGACCUAAUGCGGUUUCCUGUGCAUUAAACUCUUUGCCAUCCGGAUGAAGAGCAAGAGGUAAGUUAUCAUGCAAACGGUGUGGUACUUUCAGAGAAGGUUCACAACAAGGACGUUGAAAUUAUGUAUCUAGUAUAAAGUCACAUUAAUAUUGGAUACUGUCUUGAAAUGGUUUCCUCCAGAUGCUCUCUGAUGUAGCUAGGGUCACUAGGACAAAAGAUCACAUGCUACCUCAUCAAUAUCUGCAGUCCAUUGGCCAACCAUCAUCUAGUAGCAGUUUGUAACAGUAUUACCACAUUUGUAGCAUGUAAUUACCAAAUACAUGCAUCCUUUCAAAAAUAGUUCCAAUAUUGGAAAAAACAUUUGGACAAAGUUUGCAUGAAUCCGGCCCUCUUAAACCACUGCAAAUACCUCGGUUUUGUGCAAUUGACAGGCGUAUCCGAAAAAAUAUCCAAUGAUAGACUCUUGGCUUUUAUUUAGCACCUUUUUAGAGCUGGCUGGACCGGUGCCAUAGUGUACGAUUUCCGAAGACAGUUUAGAAAAUGAACCAUCAAUGUUGGUUAUUUUCCCUUUAUUUUCCUCAUUCAACCAUUUCAUAAUUUUUUUAUAGAAUUUAUUUUCUUAUAGAUUCAAUAUCUUAAAGAAGUCAUACUUUGUGUCAUAGAGUAUGCUCCCAUUCCAACUGUUUAAAGUUAAAGAGAAUAGAAUUACCUUUCAGGGUUAGUUAAUUAGUCUGCACUCAUAAUGCCAUAUUGUGAAGAAUACUGCACUGCUUCAUAUGCCUUAGCUGCUAGAGCAACGUUUGGCUUUCGGAGCACCCACACAUUAGUACAUUUUCUCCAAGCAGUUAACAUUGCCAUUCAUAUAUGAGGGCAACCUCUCUUCCCCACCCUUCCCCCCUCUGCAUUUCUCCACUUGUCUAGGUAGUUUUAGAAUAAUGCUGUGCUCAUAAGAUCCUUUAAAUAGUAUUCAGUUAGUGCCACUCUAUUGAGAGACACUAUCGAGGUGUGGCGACAAGUUGAGGUUGAAACAGUAACCAGGUUUUAAGCCAAACCAGACAUGGGAUGUUGCAUCUCUAUUCAAAAACUGAAAAUCCAGUGACCUGUGUGUCAUCAGCGUUCAUGAUUCCCCUGCCACUUUUUUGUGUUUUCUCACUCAUGAUUUUGAUUUACUGCACCUAGCCAAGCCACUCGCCAAAUAACAUAAGACGUCGGUCUGGGAUUUGUGUAAGGAGCCAAUGCCCAGUGUCCCAAGACGGCCAACACUGGACCCAUUUUAUUAUCAUUUUAAGCAGUACAACUUUCAAUCAAUUGUAUUUAUGUUUUACUCGAGUCAGGUUGUUGUGCUAGAUACCAAUACAUUUGCCUAGUGGUUAAUUGGCGACAACGGAGAAUAGCAAAGGAAUUGACACCACAGUAUCAAAGGCGAAUGCCGUUAUUAAAGAUUCACAUAUUUAUUGCUGAAGGUGAAAUACUUUGUAUCUUAAUACUUGUAAUUUGUAUUAUCUGAUACUUUUAAUGGAUGAAUUAUUCCCCAGCCAGCUGUGUUUUGGAUCGUUAUGAUUGGCUCUUUCCCUCCACCCGUUUCACUGUUAUUUCACACAAUUUCAGAUUUCCACCUCAUUCAAACACUUCUUUGAUCCAUUGCACCACCUGCUGUUGUGGUUGUUGGAGAUAUUCAGUCCUAAUAAUUUGAUCCAAAUAUCCAGUCUCAUAUAAUAGUUAAUACCAACGCUUAAGACAUCACUUGGUUUAUCCAGGUUUAUCUGCUUUUUUGAAGCUGAACUCCGGUUUUCAAAAGUUAGCAAAGGAUCACUUUUCUGUCUUGUCUCCCACACGCCAUCUAAUGUAUUUAGCUGCUUUAUUUAUUUUCAAAGAGGGCUGUGGUGGAUGAUGGCAGGGCUGGUCGUAUGUAAGCUUGUUUUCCCCCUUGUUGAGAACAUGUUUGUCGAACAAAUGUUGAUUGCGCUGUCAUUGUAAUGUAUCCAAGCCUGUUGUUUGUCUUUACUUCUCCAUCGUAUCAUGCAAAUUGUGAACAUGUCUUGCUGUCCAAAUUAUCUGACUAGGUAAGGUUGUGGGUAGUGGCUCAAAGGGAACAUUUUAAUUUAGUAUUGUCUUGACGAAACCAAUGUUGCUUAGCUUGGAUUUUGAAGGUGAAAUAACAGUCUAUCAAGAAUGAUUUUACAGUGAUGUGCUCUGUUAUUUUCUUAUGCUCACUGAAAACCUUUUGAUUGGCAGAAAUGCUAACAAAUUAUUUAAUAUUGUGUUACAUUUCCUAAAAUCUGGGAAUUAAGGAAAACUCCCAGUGAGAUUCUAUAUUCAACAAAGGAGAAAGAUAAAUGUAAAAUUCGGACUUGUAGAUGACUUAAAAAAACACUAAAAUAAUGUUUAUGUCAUUGCCAAAAAAGUCAAAUGAAAAAAAUUGAAGCACUGGCUACAGUGCAGUCUACUACUGAACCAUCUAUUGUCUGUAAUCUUGUUAUAUUUAAGUUAAUUACCUUUGCUUCUGAUGUGUUAAUUUAAAUCUUUUUUUGUGAGGGGGUUGUUGGAAAGAAAGUGGCAUUGCACUGAUAUUGAACAUGUACAUAAAAAGUGUUUGUAAAUUAGCCAAUUAAAAACCUAUGUAUUUGAAUAUGAACUGUACAAAAUACUGUACUUGUAGUUGUAUAUGGAGUGAUACUAUUGAUCUGUAACAAAUACCAAGGUAACAAAUUAAAUUCUGCUGAAGAAAUGGAA